ACCAUAUAACAAAUAAUUUGAGCAAGAACUUCAACACAAUCCAAGAUGAAUUCUAUGUUUAUUGCCCUAUGCCUGAUCGUCGCCGCAGUUGCCCAAGAUCCUCCAGCUCCCACUGCUAUUAUGUGUAACCAAGGUAACGCCACUAAUUCUGCUGCUUGCCCUGCCCCCGCAGAUGGAGGAGUUGCAGCAACUCUUUGUAGCAUGCCCAAGUUUGUUGAAUACACCGGACUCUCAGCUGGUGUUGAUUACGCAUGUGGAGCUUGUGCUGAAGGAACUAAAGAUGCAACUUGUAUGGAAUGCACCGGUGCAACUAAUGCAUCUUGCAAUGUUCCUCAAGCAGCCGGCAAGAGCUUCAUGUGCUACAAUUUCGCAUAUGACGCAGCAACGAAGGUGUUUGCCCAAGCAGUCAACGCCACAACUUGCCAAAGACUGGAAGCAACCGAAGCUAUCUGCAACAGUCCCGAGAAAGCUGCCGCCGCCGAAUACCUAAGCCCUCACGCUGGAUGUGGACCCUGUGUCGCUAACACCACAUGUGUUGAGUGCAAAGGAGAUGGGUGUAACUCUGCCACCACCAUCACUGCCUUCCUCCUCCCCCUCGUCGCUCUUAUCUACACUCUGGUCUAAGGAAGACUAUAAGUUCCCCAACUCUAUCAUAGUGUAUUAGCGGAACUAGAAUAUUACCAGCUCUUACACAUUUGGACUGGUUAUACAGAUAAUAUAAUGAUAGAGUUAUUUCACACAGGUUUUUGUUGUUGUGAAUAAUGAAUUUAUGAUAUUUCUGUGUAUAAUAUUGUUAUUCUGUGUUGUUCUCAUUUCACGUUUUAUAAUUUUAUAAA